AUGCCUUCCCCGUCACCUUCUCCGUCUCCUCCUUCGACCCUUCCUCCCGUCCCCCGCUUUUUCCCCGCAUCCCCCCCGCCUUCGCCCCUCCUGUCCACCGUCUCCUCUCCUCCUCCGCCCCUUCUGCCCGCCGUUUCCGCGCCAUCUCCGCUCCAUUCCCCCCCACUAUUCACGCCGUUCUCCCCCGCCGUCCUCUUCCGCAGACGUAGCAAAGAUGCUGUUGACCUGGACUCCUCCGUCGCGCACGACGCGGCAGUCCCGUCGCUGUCGUCUGCUUCUCUGUUCGCGGCGGGCAAUGAGACCUGGGAGUCGCAAGCGGAGUCGCAGAAGCAGGCGGAGUCGCAAGGGGCGUCGCAAGCGGAGGGAGCUGCCUUGAAGCGUCCCACCGUCGCUGCCGGAGUGAGCGCUUCGAGAAAACGGCUGGCACACGUGGCGCGCGAGGAUAUUCAGAUGGGGCGCAGGCGGAUGGCUGACGCCUUUUUGGAUGGCCCCUGCUCCGACUACGCAGUAGCUACCGUUAUCAACAUAUCCACUGUAGCUGAUUUCAGCAAGCGAUUACAGUUCAGCCCCGUUACAACGGUCAUUCUGGAGCUGCAGAAGAACCUUUUUAUAAGCAAGGGGAUCCUGUUCGACAGCCAGUUUUCGUGCACCAUUUUCCGAUCAGCGAAAACCGCCGCGACUCCGUUUGUGAUCACUCAUACCGGAGCGAAUGAGCCAGUAUUGCGUAUUUGGAACACGAGCAACGUGCUUGUAUUGAAGAUCGAUUUCAAGCUCAGCGUUCGCACGUCGUCGCCAUCCUGCACUACAGUACCCGAAGUUACGUCCAAAGCACAGUGCCCUACAAUUUCCAUUAUCAGAUCUUACGGAAUUCAAGUCGCGAAGGGGAGUGUAUUUGGAAGAAUUGAUCUUCAUCGAACCAUGUCAUCGCGAGUUGACUCCAUGAGGGUAACCGGAAUACCCAUCUUCAACCAGUCGCCUGGCGUGAUUCAAGUUACGUACAGUGGCCACGGGCCUACACUCGGCAAAUCCUUCAUCGCUAUAACGAACAACGAAGUUUACGGCGUCCACACGCCAAUCGUCAUCCACCGCGGAACCAUCGGUGCAAUCGUGCGAAAUAACUACGUGCACGACUUUCUCUUCGCGGGAAUUCGCUGCGGCUCCGACGUGCACUUCGCCGCAGAUUGCAUGCUAACGCAGAUCGACCGAAACCACGUCGUCGCUGCCGGGCGAAACAGAUCCGGCGACCAGGACGCAGCUGGCAUCUACUACUGCGUGCACUGGUUCAGCCCUGACAACACGGCGGAGUGCAAUUACAUCUUCAACGGAGACCACUGCUACUACCUCGAUUUCGUCACCUCGGGUGUGACUAUCAAGGGGGGUGCAUGCAUCAACACGUACGAUGGGAUCAAGGUCAACAAUGGAAAGUGGAAUUCUAUUGAGAGUGUGAUCAUAAAGAAGGUACCGGGCUCGCCAGGGUGGAGUACGUGUUUCACACCGACUGUGCUCAACUGCGACAAGAACCCCGGCACAUACUGGGAGCUCAUGCGGAAACAGUACUACGACACGCCAGUGUUCAGAGAGAAAUACCCUUUUUGGCCUGACGUUUGCGGGCAGACGAACAUCAAUGGCAAGCCAUGCAACACCAAAGCCAAGGGAACGUUGCCUGCAGAGAAAACAGGGGCAUGCAGCGGCCUCCCCACAGAGAACUACCAAAACCUCGUCCUGGUGGAGACUGAAGGGAGGGAUCUUGGCUACAAGUACUGCGAAAACUUGCCUACUGUGGAGGCGGGUCCGUUGAAUGAUCAGAGGGGGGUGAAUCUUACCGACAUUCCCGGGGCAAAGUUUAUGGAUUACGCAAAUGAUGACCUCGGAGUGAAUACAGGCUCAUCUCUCUUCACCAGCAUCAAUGGUUUUAAAAGCUGCCCGAGAAAAGAUGUUGGGCCUCGGCGGAUCGACGACGGGUUCUACUAUUUGAAUUUCAACCGCCCGGAGCCUGAUCUGUACAAGCUGGUGGUGAGCAUGGCCAUGACUCACGUGCAUGACCCUGCUAUUGUGAAGCUGAGUAAGAUUCCCAAGAAGAAAGGGAAGAAGUGA